GAAGGGUAGCUUCCUUGUGCGAGUCUUUUUAUUUCCUGAGUAACGUUUUUAAAGUGCGAAAGAAGGCUGAUCCUUUUAUAGAAACGCUGGGCGGCCCGACAGCGUGAUCCUUUCGAAAUGGCAGCAGAAGAGGGACAAGUGAUUGGUGUGCACACUGUGGAGGCCUGGAGCGAGCAGCUCCAGAAGGGCAAUGACUCCAACAAACUGAUAGUGGUUGAUUUCACCGCGUCCUGGUGCGGACCAUGCCGCUUCAUUGCACCGUUCCUGGCAGAGCUUGCCAAGAAAUUGCCGGAUGUCACAUUUCUCAAAGUGGAUGUGGAUGAACUGAAGUCUGUAGCCCAAGACUGGGCUGUGGAGGCAAUGCCAACUUUCAUGUUUCUGAAAGAGGGGAAGAUUGUGGACAAGGUGGUGGGAGCAAAGAAAGAAGAACUGCAGCAGACUAUUGCAAAGCACGUGGCUACAGCACAAGCCUCCUAAUAAUCC